AUGAAGCCGUACGACAAAUCAAACUCCUUUAUGAGGAGAGUCACGAAACGCGUGUCCGAAUACCUACCCGGAAUGACGUGGAUGAAUACGCUGAUCAGCGAUGCGCAAACCGAUGACGACCCUACGCCGACGACCGAAAAUGACGAUCAACCUCCAGUGAAAAAACUGUGCACGUCCAAUAAUUCAUUUACAAACACCAAAUACCAGCAUACAAAUUCAACUGACAACCACAGGAGUUCAGAUGUAAAUGUCCUUUUGCCAGAGAUAUCUGCCGUUACUUGUAUACCAAGUACGAGUAAACAAAGUCCAAAAUUUACAAGCCAAUCAAGUGCUUCCUUACAAAACCAUGAUGUGGGCAAUAGAAGUUCUCUUAAAAGAAAAUCUGAUGUGAUAGAUUUGUCAAAUAUAAACAGACCAAGUUCAAAAACACCUUUCAAUUUUGCUUCAUCAACACCUACAGUAGUUACAGGAAAUAAGCAACCAGUUACAAUUAAUACAAAAAGAUCAUUAAAUUUAGAAAAAUCAUCUACUAUUAAUGAAUUUUUAACGCCAACUUCAUCAAAACUAAUAAAACCAAGGGAGAAUGAAUCACAUCAACAAUCUUCGAUAAAAUUUCAUGAAACUUCCACAAAUCAUGUAUCAUCAGCAUCAUUUAGAUGGGACACAUUUGUCAACUAUGGAGAAUUGUCAGAGCGUCAAAAAUUAUUUGCCCAAAAGUCACCUUUAAAUUGUUCUCAAGUUAUGUAUGGGGGCAGUUCUGCACGUUCCAACUUGUCAAAAAUUUUAGGAAAUACUCCACCAAUUCAUAGAAAAGCGGUGAUUCCAAUAUCUUCUACAAAUAAUAGUGAAAUUAGAACAACCUCAUCUAUUCUCUUGGGACAUAUUUCUACUAAGAACAAGGAAAUUGAAGAAAAUAAAUUUAUUAUUCAACCUAAAGUGCAUCAAAGGCAUAAAGCAGAUCAAAAGAAUGUACCUAUUAAAGUAGAAUCCACUGUCAGAAUUGUUGAAACAACACCUGAGAAAGCGGAUAACAAGUCUAGUGAAAUCUUAUCAACUUAUUCCGGCCGAGUAGAUGCAAAUACAACAAGAAAACUUAGAGUAAAUCUUUCAAAAAAGGGGCUUGGUUUGAAGUCUGAUGAACUUGAAAUGCCCGCCGAAGUCAAUUUGCCUAGGAUUUCUUUACCAUUGACUGCUUUACCAAAUAUCAAUUUAUCAAAUACUUUUGCGGAGGAUAAUGAAUUCACAUUCAAUCAACCAUUAACAAUAGAACAGUUUAGUUCACAAAUUGCAGAAAAAACUUGUAGAAAAAAACAUAAAAUUACUUUGAAGAAAUCACAAAAUACUAACACUGAGGUAAAUAGUAUAGAUCAAUCUAGUACCAAAAUUCCAAGUACAAAUUUUAAUACUUCUACAAGUGAAUCUUUUGUUAAAGAAUCCAAGAAAGUAGCAAUUACAAAUAAUGAUACUGCAAUACUGAGAAUUGAGAAUUCAAAUAAAAAUGACACAUUGUCUCAAUUUAGUAGUGUGGUUGAUGAUCCUAAAAAUUCUCUCAAGACAUCAUUUCCAGGUUCUGGCUCUAAAUCAGAAAUUACAGAACCUGUGAAUAUAAAUGUUGACAGCUCACCUAAAAAACUAGAAAUUAUAAAUAAAUAUCAAUUACCACCAGAAAAAUCAUCAACUGAAUUAAAAAAAAAGUGGUCUUGUGAUGCUUGUUGGGUUUCAAAUGAUGCUGAUAUAAUGAAGUGUAUUGCAUGUCAAACUCCCAAGUCUGAGAAGUCCCAAACACCAUUAUUAAAAGUUAACAAAUCAAGUACAUGGACUUGUGAAACUUGUUGGGUUCCCAAUAAAAAUGAAAUUGAAGUAUGUGUUGCAUGUCAAUCACAGAAGCCUGGAACUACAAAGAAAACUGUCGUACAAAGUAUUACAUGGACUUGUGAUGGAUGUUGGGUGAAAAAUAAAAGUGAUUGUACCACUUGUAUUUCGUGUGGGACAGCAAAGCCUGGGUCUGCUCCAGAAAAUAAACCUUUACCUUCAACUCAAUUUAAAUUUGGAUUAAAUAAUAACACUUUUGAAAAUUCUGGCGCUAGUGAGUUCAAAUUUGGAUUUGAUAGUAAAGUUGAUCAAAAGUCUAAUAAUACGUUUAAAUUUGGAAGUGCUGCGCCAUUUACAAGUUCUGAUAAUGGAAAAUUAGAUACUUCUGCCAGUGAAUUUAAAUUUGGUAUAGUUAACAAUAAAACUGAACAACCUCUUAGUACAUUUAAAUUUGGCACAGAUAGUAUAUCUAGUUCACCAGUUAAGAAAUUUAACGAAGGAUCAGUUAUCAAUAAUAUUGAUCAUCCCGAAACCCAGUUUAAGUUUGGUUUUGAAUCUAAACAAGAUCAACAGUUUAAGUUUGGUCAAAAUGCCACAACUAACAAACCAAUUGCACAAUUUAAAUUUGGUUCAGAUAAGAUAGAAACUGAAAAACCAAUUCUUCAGAACACUGUUAUUAAUAGUAAUAUAGUUACUAAACCAACAAACGAAUUUAAGUCACUAGUUAAUAAUAAAAAAGAAGAAUCUGAAAAUUCAUUAGAGUUACAAAACAAAAGUAAUAAGCGUAAAGUUAAUGAUGCAAGUGAAAAUUCAAGUCCCCAAGUAUCUUUUGGAUCUGUUGAAACUAACUGUAAUAACUCAAAUCCGUUAAUAAAUGUUGAACACAAAAACGAAGAUCUGUCUAAAGUGAAAUUUGUAUGGGAUAAAAAAAUUGAAAUUAAGCCAAUAGUACAUUUUGGUUCUACUCAGCCUGUUCAAUCUGCAAUUGAAAAUACAAAUCAGUUGGUAAAUGGUCAUUCACAUCCUAAUGAAACAUUAAAUGAAGAUCAAAAGCCAGGUUUGAUUAAGACUUCUCAAUUAUUCAGUUUUGGUUCUUUGGCAAAACAAGAUCAAAAUGUGCCCGUUGAGCAAAAAAAUCAUAAAAUGUUUACAUUUGGAUCAGCCACUAGUGAUAACAAACCAUUUACUUCUUCGAUAAUGGGUACUAGUAGUUUUCCUAGUACUGCUCCAGUGUUUGGUGCAAGUAAUUCAAUGUUUGGUAGUGGACCUACUACAUCUACUCCAGCAAUAUUGGGUUCUUCUAUACCUCAAUUUUCAUUUGGUUCAUUGGCUCCACAGAUUUCCAACAGUUUUUUUUCUAAGACUACUAAUGACAAUGAUAAAAAACAAUUAGCUCAAACUUCUAAUUCAUUCAAUUCUACGAAUAAUGUUGGAUUUUCAUUUGGUGCACAAUCUCCACCUGUAUUUAGUGUUCCCAAUACUGGAGGGCUUACAAAAAUGUCCGCAACGGAUGAUGAUCAGAGUAAAUGUACAUCAAAUAAUAUAUUCAAUCAGCCAAGUACGAAACAAACUGUUAAAUUAGACCCCAACGCACCUAUAUCCAUUAAUUUUACUGGUGGAGCAACUACUCAAUUUACUGCCAAACCAGAAACAGCUGAGCAACCUCCUAAAAGAAAAAUUUUAAAACCAGUUAGAAGGAUUCGGUAA